CGCUCGUUUCACCGCUGCUUCCCGAGUCCAAAGCUCUCGAUGAACUUUUACAGCAGUCAGACAAACAACUGCAGAGUGGAAAGACGGAGACGAACAUUUGACGUUUUGGCAUCGACUGGAUAACAAGGGACACACUUUCCACUUUGGAAGAUCCGAUGGGGACUGUCAAAGUCGAGUGUGUGGUGAAGGAACAGAAUGAGAUCGGAGAAGGUCCGGUCUGGGAGGAGAAAGAUGCCACUCUAUUGUAUGUCGACAUCUACGGCCCGAAGAUCAGUAGGUGGAACUCGCUGACCAAUCAGAUCGAAAGUAUGCACACAGAGACAUAUGUGGGCUGCGUGGUUCCACGGAGGUCAGGAGGGUAUGUGAUCGGAGAGGGGACUCGCUUCGCUGCUGUCGACUGGGAGAAACGUGCCAUCACGACCAUUGCUAACGUGGACAUGGAAAAGAGCAACACCCGCUUUAAUGAUGGGAAGGUGGAUCCGGCCGGCAGGUUUUUCGCAGGUACCAUGGCGGUCGAGGUCCGUCCAGCUGAACUGGAGAGGAAGCAGGGCUCGCUGUACAGUCUGCACCCUGAUCACUCAGUAGUCGCACACUUCGAUCAGGUGGACCUCUCUAACGGCUUGGACUGGUCUCCGGAUCAUCGCUUCUUCUACUAUGUAGACAGUCUGACGUACAUGGUGGAGGCCUUUGAUUAUGAUAUAAACACUGGAGCAUUAGCUAAUCGCAGAAUGGUGUACAGGCUUGAGAAGGACGAAGGCAUUCCUGAUGGCAUGUGCGUUGACGUAGAAGGUAAAAUAUGGCUGGCUUGCUACAACGGAGGAAGAGUUUUGCGUCUCGACCCUCAGACAGGGAGCAGGCUGCAGACAGUGAAGCUUCCUGUCGAUAAAAUCACCUCAUGCUGUUUCGGAGGGAAAGACUACACCGAUCUAUACGUCACCUCCGCUUAUAAAGGCAUGGAUGAAGAAUCGCUCGCCAAACAGCCCCAAGCUGGCUGCAUUUUUAAGGUCACUGGUUUAGGAGUAAAGGGAAUUCCUCCAUAUUCGUUCUCUGGCUGAAACUGAAACUGCAGAGCAUCUCUGGAUAUAGUGAAUUACACAAGGACUGUACUAAUUAUGUUCACUCAUCUGUUCAGCACUGAUAUGUUAAUCUAAUAAUGAUAAGUUCUCAAUAAGGGAUUGAAUUAAGCAGCUUUUUUUUUUGUCCACCUAGAACAUAAUAUCCAAAGUCAUCACAUCAUAAUUAUCUUUAAAAGGUAAAUAAAGUCUUAAAGACUUAAUCAGAUGGCAAAAAAAUG